UACCUCAUGUUUUUAAACCAUUUCUGCUCGAACAAAGCAGGAUCAUGAACUACUUUUGCCUACUGCUUCUCUUUCACGUCGCAUCUUCAGUGAAACAUUCCCUGAGAUAUUUCCUUACUGCUACCUAUGGAGUCCCAGACUUUCCAGAGUUCAUCGGCGCUGCUACAGUGGAUGAAGUUCAGGUGGGCUACUGUGACAGCAACAUCAAGAAGGCCACGCCCAGACAAGACUGGAUGAGGAGACUGAUGGAAGAGGAUCCUGGACAUCUGGAGUGGUAUUCUGAGAAGUGUCUUGGAAGUUAGCAUAUCUUCAGAGCAAACAUUGAUAACUUUAAGCAACGCUUAAACCUGACUCAAGGUCCCUACAUUUUACAGAGAAUGAAUGGCUGUGAGUGGGAUGAUGAGACUGGGGAAAUUAAAGGGUUUAAUCAGUAUGGGUUUAAUGGUGAGGACUUCUUAGCCCUGGACCUAAACACACUGACAUGGACUGCUCCUAAAUCGCAAGCUGUCGUCACAAAACGUAUGUGGGAUGCCGAGAAAGCUAGAUUAGAACAUAAUAAAAACUACUACAUCUACAAAUGUCCCGACUGGUUAAAAAAAUAUAUCCAUCAUGGGAGGAGCUUUCUGCAGAGGUCAGAAAGCCCGUCUGUAUCUCUGCUCCAGAAGACUCCCUCCUCUGUGGUUACCUGCCAUGCUACAGGUUUCUACCCUGACAGAGCUGAAAUAUUCUGGAGGAAAGACGGAGAGGAGAUUCAUGAGGGUGUGGAAAAAGGAGAGAUCCUCAUGAACAAUGAUGGGACCUUCCAGAUGAGUGCUGAUCUUAAAAUUUCAUCCGUCCAGCCUGGAGGCUGGAGGAGAUACGACUGUGUGUUUCAUCUUUCUGGUGCUGAAGGUGACAUAAUAGUCACACUGGAUAAAUCUGUCAUCCGUACAAACUGGGCGUCUUCUCCAGAGAUUCCUGCUGCUGCUGCUGUUGCCGGAGGUGUUGCAGCAUUUCUUCUGGGAGUUGCUGUAAUUGUUGGCGUCUUCUGGUUGAGGAAACGUAAUGGAUUCAAGCAAGUUGAUGGAGAAGAAUAAAGGACGACAUUUGACUGGGUGGAGAGUCAAUAAAUUCACACCUCAAGCUUCCAAUGGACACGUCUCCAUAGAGGGCUAAUGCUGCAUGAAGGAUUGUUGUUGUACCAUUAUGUUGUGUCCAGCAGCAAAAAUUAACACAAUAUGGCAAACAGACUGGACUGGAUGUAAGCUUUACUUGGUGGAACCUUUUCUGUUCAUCUCUAGUGAGAGGAGCUCUGAAUACACACUUGCUGAAGCCAAGUACCUCAGAAAGCCUCCUGGAUCAACUUGUUUAGAUAUCUUGGAGCUGGACUUCUAUAAAUGAGCGGUGGCUUCAUUUGAGGCUAAAACAAUUCACACAGAGUUACAUUUUCAUGAAUGUGGAUGAAUGUGGCUUUAGUGUGAUAAUACUUUUAUUGGUUUGGACAGAACAGUGCUAUACAAAUUCAGUCUUUGGAAAAUAAUUUAUCUUUAUAAUAUUUACUUACAUACAUAACAUGUUAUAUCAAAUACAUUCAUUAUUAUGAUAAAAUGUAAAUAUCUUUUUGGUUUUCACCUUUUCUUCUAUGCCUUUUUUUUCUGUAAAUCUGUUGUGUAGUAAACAGCAGAAAGAAGUCUGUUUAUGAAACAAAGAGGAAGAAGUCACAAUAAGUUGUAACAGUGGAACGGAAUAACUUGACAGUGGAAAGAAACAACUGUAAUUGUUUUUUUAAGUACAUGAAAAUGGAUAUUAUUUUAUUACUGUUUAAUGAACAAAAGUUGCUAUUUUGGCAUCUUUGAGGAUAAAGGUGAAAACAACUGUCAUGUCAGCCACAAAAACAAAGCUAAUAAAACUUGUGAAUAUUUACAA